AGAAACGGAGGAAUCAAGAAUUGGGAGAGACUGCAGUAGCGGAGGGUGGAGAGAGCGUUUUGAAUAAUGGAUUUGAAUAUGGCGGAACCCGGCGAAAUUUUACCGGAUCGGAAGAUAGAUACGUCUGCGUACGAUUUGCUUCACAAGACUAGGGCCUCCGUGGAGGACAUAGUUGCACAGAUGCUUUCGGUGAAGAAAGAAGGAGGAGGCGGCGAUAGUACCAAAUCACAACUGCCUGAGCUCGUCACUCAGAUGCUCAUCAACUUUGUGAACCUUCGGAAGGCAAAUCGUUCCAUAUUGCUUGAAGAAGACCUUGUAAAAGCAGAGACUGAACAUGCAAAAGCACCUGUAGACUUCACAACACUGCAACUCCACAACCUUAUGUAUGAGAAAAAUCAUUAUGUGAAAGCAAUAAAGGCUUGCAAAGACUUUAAGUCUAAGUAUCCAGAUAUUGAACUUGUUCCGGAGGAAGAUUUUUUCAGAGAUGCACCAGAACAAAUUAAGAACUCUGUACAGUCAAAUGACAGUGCCCACGAUCUGAUGCUUAAGAGGCUCAAUUUUGAGCUGUUUCAGCGCAAAGAAUUGUCCAAGCUUCAUGAAAAAAUGGAAGAGCAAAAGAAGAUCCUCCAGGACACUAUUGCUAACAGGAAGAAGUUUUUAUCAAGUCUCCCAUCACACCUUAAAUCUCUAAAGAAGGCAUCCCUUCCAGUACAAAACCAACUGGGAAUUCUUCACACGAAGAAACUGAAGCAGCAUCAGUCAGCAGAGUUGCUUCCACCUCCUCUCUAUGUGAUAUACUCACAAUUGUUAGCUCAUAAAGAAGCAUUUGGUGAGAGUAUUGAUCUCGAGAUUGUGGGAAGCAUGAAGGAUGCUCAUGUAUUUGCCCGGCAGCAAGCCAAUAAGGACAAUGGCAUAACUUCUCCUAAUAUAGAGAAUUCUAAGUUAGAAGAUGACGUGCCUGAUGAGGAAGAUGAUGGCCAAAGGAGGAGAAAGCGUCCAAAGAAAAUCCAAGUUAAAGAGAGUCUUGAUCCAGCAAGGAUAUAUCAAGCUCACCCACUUAAACUCAUCCUCCAAGUACAUGAUGAUGAGGCGUCUGAUCAAAAAUCUACAAAGCUUAUUGUACUGAAAUUUGAGUAUUUGCUGAAGUUGAAUGUUGUUUGUGUUGGUAUUGAGGGAUCGAAUGAGGGUCCAGAGAGUAAUAUCUUAUGCAACCUCUUCCCAAAUGACGCAGGGCUUGAGCUUCCUCAUCAGUCAGCUAAGCUUUGGAGUGGCGAUGGUCCUAUAUUUGAUGAAAGAAGAUCUUCACGUCCAUAUAAAUGGACACAACAUUUAGCCGGGAUUGAUUUUUUACCAGAGGUCUCACCCCUCCUUACUACAGGCGGGGAUUCCACAAACGGUGAAACAACUAAACAAACUGCUAUCAUUUCUGGGUUAUCGUUAUAUCGCCAGCAGAACAGGGUGCAGACCGUUGUGCAAAGGAUUCGGGCUAGGAAAAAGGCUCAGAUGGCCCUUGCGGAGCAGAUUGACUCGCUAACAAAGCUUAAAUGGCCUGCUUUGACUUGUAGAACCGUACCGUGGUUUUCACAUGUCCGUCUCUGCAGUUUGCAGAGCUGGACAGUUAAGCCACCACCCAAGCCUGCAGCGUCUGUUGGAGAACAAAUUCAAGUUUCACAGGAAGUUGACAUGGUUGUUGAACCCGAUACUUUGAAGGCAGAGAUAGAGAACAUUAGGGAGGAUGGGGAGCUUCCAUCUCUAAAUCCAGCCACGACCAUUGUGAAUGAAAUUACCACUACCCCCGUGAAGGGAUCAGGCAUCGAACACUCCAAACGUCUUGCUUUAAUCACGAAAUCUAUGGCUUCUCCAAUGAGCAAGGGGAAAUCACCAAGUUUUAGAAAGCACGAUGAAGAUUUGGAUUUGAUGCUGCUUUCUGACAGUGAGGUGGAUGAGCCUCCACAAACUGAGCCAGAGACUGAUGAGAUAUCUGGGACUGGGAACUUAAAGGUAAUCGAUAACUCAUGGAUGUCAUGUGGGGUCCGGGAAUACCGUCUUCUCCUAACAAGAAAAGUCUACAGCGGUGAUGGGCUCAUGAAAUUAGAAGCCAAGAUCAACAUCAGCAUGGAGUAUCCCCUCAGGCCGCCACUUUUUACCCUGAAUCUUUUUAGAGCCACUACUGCAGGAACUGGAUCGGAGACUGAGGCUAACGAGUGGUUUAAUGAAUUACGAGCCAUGGAAGCUGAGGUAAACAUUCAUGUAGCAAAAUUGAUAUCUUGGGAGGAAGAAAAUUAUAUAUUGGGCCAUCAGGUAUGUUGCCUCGCAAUGCUGUUCGACUUUUAUGUGAAUGAUGGAGCUUCAUCUACCGAGAAAGGAAAGAGUACUUUUGUGGUUGAUGUUGGUUUGUGCAAACCCGUUAAUGGCGGACUUGUCACAAGAACUUACAGAGGUCGGGAUCAUCGGAAAAUGAUCUCCUGGAAGGACAAUGGUUGCACUCCUGGGUAUCCUAGCUAGGAUCAACACACAGAUGCUUAAAGUGCUAUUUGUUUUUUAAGAGGUGCUGAACUCUGAAGUAUUUCGCUUUCUUAUUGAUAAGAGGUGGUGUUGAAGUCCAAAAGCAGAAUCAAUAAGACUGUUUUUGUAAACUGAUAAAUGUCGGAUCAUACCAUGGAAAGUAUGAUCUUGUUACUCGUAUGUUGUAUUUGUUAUGAGAUGGAAGUCGAUAGUGUAAAGAGUCGAGAAACAAUU